AUGUCUGACGAGUAUAUGAUCAAGCCCGAAAACGUUGCGCCCACCACGGACGCCAGCGAGUGGCCCUUGCUGCUGAAAAACUAUGACAAGCUUUUGGUCAGAAGCGGUCACUACACGCCCAUUCCACACGGUUCUUCUCCUCACAAGAGAGAUUUGAAGUCGUACAUCAGCUCCGGUGUAAUCAACCUGGAUAAGCCUUCGAAUCCUUCGUCGCACGAAGUCGUGGCGUGGGUCAAGCGUAUCCUGCGCUGCGAAAAAACUGGUCACUCUGGCACGCUAGAUCCUAAGGUCACCGGGUGCUUGAUUGUGUGUGUGGACAGAGCCACCAGACUUGUGAAGUCGCAGCAAGGUGCUGGUAAAGAGUACGUGUGUAUCGUUAGACUGCACGACGCUCUGAAAGACGAGAAAGACUUGGCCAGAGGUUUAGAGAACCUCACCGGUGCCCUGUUCCAGAGACCUCCUUUGAUCUCGGCCGUCAAGCGUCAGCUGCGUGUGCGUACCAUCUACGACUCCAAUUUGAUCGAGUUCGACUCCAACAGAAACUUGGGUGUGUUCUGGGCCUCGUGCGAAGCUGGUACUUACAUGCGUACAUUGUGUGUGCAUUUGGGUAUGCUGCUCGGUGUUGGUGGCCACAUGCAGGAACUGCGUCGUGUCAGAUCGGGAGCUAUGUCUGAGAACGACGACCUUGUCACCUUACAUGACGUCAUGGACGCUCAGUGGGUUUACGACAACACCAGAGACGAAACUUACUUGAGAAAAAUCAUCAAGCCUUUAGAAACUUUGUUGCUUGGAUACAAGAGAAUUGUGGUUAAGGACUCUGCCGUCAAUGCCGUCUGCUACGGUGCCAAGUUGAUGAUUCCUGGUCUACUCCGUUACGAAGAAGGUAUCGAACUAUAUGACGAAGUGGUCUUGAUGACGACCAAGGGUGAAGCCAUUGCAAUUGCCAUUGCACAGAUGUCUACUGUGGACUUGGCUACUUGCGACCACGGUGUGGUGGCCAAAGUCAAGCGUUGCAUUAUGGAAAGAGAUCUUUACCCAAGAAGAUGGGGUCUAGGACCCGUUGCUCAGAAGAAGAAGCAAAUGAAGGCCGACGGUAAAUUGGACAAGUACGGCAGAGCAAACGAGCAAACUCCUGAAGAAUGGAAGAAGAGCUACGUAUCUCUCGAAACCGAACCAGCCGCUACUCCAGCCGCCACUAUGGUCUCAGAGGUCUCUUCAACUGUGACCACCGAAGCUGGCCCUGUUGAAGAAGUCAAAGAAGUCAAAGUCGAAACUGUUGUGAAGGAAGACGACGAAGUCGACGAAGACAAGUCUGAAAAGAAGGACAAGAAGGACAAGAAGGACAAGAAAGAAAAGAAGGACAAGAAGGACAAGAAGGAAAAGAAGGAAAAGAAGAGAAAGGCUGAAGACGAGGAAACUUCUGAAAAGAAGAAGAAGAAGUCGAAGAAAUAG